GGCGAAAUCAAUUGGGAUUGUCCAUGCCUGGGGGGUAUGGCCCAUGGCCCAUGCGGAGAAGAAUUCAAAGCCGCCUUCAGCUGCUUUGUCUACUCGGAAGAGGAGCCCAAAGGGAUCGACUGCGUCGAAAAAUUCAAAUCCAUGCAGGAAUGUUUCCGCAAGCACCCUGAAGUCUACGCGGAA